AUGAGUUACUUCUGUAUCUUUCUCUUUGUUAUUAAUCGGAAAGUUUAUGGCUCUCUUACCCCCACACGUGGUAUCCGACAAGGGUGUCCGUUGUCCCCGUUCCUCUUUGUGAUUUAUGCUCAAGGUCUGUCUGUUGGCCUUUAUCACUAUGAGAGACGACAACUGAUUGAAGGGAUUAAGGUAGCUAAAAUGAGUCCGGCUAUAUCCCAUCUCUUUUUCGCCGAUGACAGCCUCUUGUUCUUCAAAGCUUCGGUGACGGGUGUUAGAACUAUCAAGAGUCUUUUGGAGGAGUAUUCUGUUGCCUCGGGACAACUUGUCAAUCUGGAAAAGUCAGCGGUCUCGUUCAGUCCCUGUUCUUCUAGGCGGGAUAUUGAGAUGGUUGUUGAAACUCUGGGUAUUCGUGAGACUUCGGGUCAUUCUUUGUAUCUUGGACUGCCAACUUUUAUUGUUCGCAAGAAAAAAGUUCAGUUUGAUUAUCUCAGGGAGAGGGUCUAUAAGAAACUUAGCUCUUGGAAAAACAAGUUUUUCUCUGUUGGUGGGAAGGAGGUCCUCAUUAAAUCUGUCAUCCAAGCAAUCCCAACUUAUACUAUGAGCUGUUUCAAAGUCCCAAUGGCGAUUUGUACGGAUAUUGAGCGGGCUUGUUCGAAUUUCUGGUGGGGAGAAACUGAUUCUGGUAAGCAAAUGCAUUGGGCUUCUUGGGAGAAAUUAUGUCUGCAAAAAUCUAAAGGGGGCUUGGGUUUUCGAAGAUUAGGUUCUUUUAAUCAAGCUUUGUUAGCAAAGCAAGCUUGGUGGCUGUUAAAGUUUCCUAACUCGCUGGUGGCGAGAGUUUUGAGAGGGCGUUAUUUUAAAGAUGGGGAUCUUCUUAAUGCGCAGCCUUCGUCUAAUGCUUCGUACUCUUGGAGGUCUAUUACUUGGGGGCAUGAUUUAUUGAAAGGGGGCUUGCGGCGGCGUGUUGGGAAUGGGAAUUCCAUUAAAGCCUUUGACGAUCCUUGGAUUCCUGUGGCGGGCAGUGGGAUUGCCGCUUGUUCGGAUGGGGCUCAGAACGAUUUGAUGGCCAAGGAUUUCAUGGUUGGCAGUUCGUGGGACAAGAUCAAACUUGCGGCUGCUUUUCUUCCUUUUGAAGUGAGUGCUAUUGAAACAAUUCCACUUUCGAGGCUUGGGGUGGACGAUGAUUGGUAUUGGAUUUAUGACGAGAAGGGGCGAUUCUCUGUUAAAUCGGGAUAUCUACUCGCUACUGAUUUUUACUCUCCGCAUCCAGCUUCUACGUCUGAGGAGCAAAAGAAAUGGUGCAGUCUGCUUUGGUCUAUCAAUAUACCUCCUAAAGUUAAGAUCUUUAUUUGGAGAGCUACUAAAAAUCUUAUAGCUACUGAUUCAAACUUAGUUCGUCAUCAUAUCCCAACCACGGAGGCCAAGCUGCAGAUUCAUGGAAGUCUCCGGCUGCUGCCGAGGGAGGGAGACGGCCGCUGGAUUUCGCCUCGCCGCGGUCUUCUCCGCCUUGACGUUGAUUUCUCCUUCCACGAUGUUAAUGGAGUUGCUGGUGUUGGGUUCCUGGUGCGCGACUGGACAGGUUCGUUGAUUGCUGCAGCGGCGCAUCGUGUAGGGAGAACGGAGACCAUUUUGAUGGGGGAGCUGCAGGCUAUGCUUCUGGGUAUUGGUUUCUGCCUUGAACAAGAUCUUGGCCCGAUUGUGCUUUACUCUGAUUCCAUGUUGGCUAUUCACGUAGUCCAUGAAGAUUAUAAGGGUAUGGAUUCUUUAAGUGAUGAGUUGUUUGAGACGUUUGUGGCUGCUAAAGAUAGGAUUGUUGUGGAUUUUCGGCAUGUUCGCCGUGAGGCGAAUAGAGCCGCUCAUAGUCUAGCGAAUUUCGCUGCUUGGUCUGAUGGUGUAAUGAUCUGGAAGCAAGGUUUCCCCGCCUGGCUUACAGAUAUUGUUCAUCGGGAUUUGAAAUAA